AUGGCGUGGAGAUGCAGACGCGAACCGUCCGUGUAUUCAGGCAGGGAGCCUCAUCAGCGCGCCCGAGAAGACCACACUGGGGGAAUCCACCUCGAGGAAGCCACCGCGGGGCUGGACGGCAGGCGCCUCGUCAGGCCCGUGAACGGGACGGGGAAGCCUAACUCUCUCGAGUCUGACGCUAAGGGGGAGACAGACGGCCUGCGGUGGAGGGCUCCGGCUGGCUCACAAGGCGGCGGGUCCCGCAGAGGUGGCUGCUGCCUGACGAGAACUGCGAAGGGGAAGCGGCGGGGAGGCCUGGCGUCCGAACGGGGCCGAACCCGCCUGUCUCCCCGCAGGUUCUUGACCUCGGGCUGCACCUUCUGCGCAGGCCCGGAGCCGCUGCCCCCCAAGGGUCUGCACUGCCUGGUGCUCCUCUGCCACGCUCAUAGCCGCGAGUGCAACCUGGCGCCUGAGCUCCGGGGACCUGCCGGCCGUGGUGGGCUGGUGUGGGAGUGCGCAGCGGGCCACACUUUCUCCUGGGAGCCCCCCCUGAACCCCGCACCUGCAGGGGCAACCAAGCAGGCCCGGAGGAGUGGGCAGGAGCCUGCAGGCCUGCAGCGCAAGCAUGAGGAGGGCACUGUGGAUGCGGGGCUGCCCAGGGGGGUGGGGCCCCCACCGGAGCCCUUCCCAGCCCCAGGAGAAGAAGAGGAUGAGGACGAGGAGGAGAUGCUGAGCGAUGCGAGCCCGUGGACUUAUAGCUCGUCCCCAGAUGAGCAAGUCGGGAGUGAGCUGGAUGUGCCCAGGCUGCCCACGCCCCCUGCCACCCGCACCCCUGAGGAGGGGGAGACACCAGUGGUCUCGGGAGCUGUCCCCAUCCCUGCUGCUGAUCCAUGCCCAUCAGCAUCCCUGCUGGGUCCCGGGCCUUUGACCUCAGAAGCUGAGGUCCAGCUGGAGCUCACGGGGGACCCACAGGCCGAGCCUCUGGCCAGCCCCAGGAGCCAGGCCCUGGCCGGGGAUGAGGACACUGCCCAGAUCGGGCCCAAGAGAAUCCGGAGAGCUGCCAAGAGAGAGCUGAUGCCCUGUGACUUCCCUGGCUGCGGCAGAAUCUUCUCCAAUCGGCAGUAUUUGAAUCACCACAAGAAGUACCAGCACAUCCUCCAGAAGUCCUUCUGCUGCCCGGAACCGGCCUGCGGGAAGUCCUUCAACUUCAAGAAGCACCUGAAGGAGCACGUGAAGCUGCACAGUGACACCAGGGACUACAUCUGUGAGUUCUGUGCCCGCACCUUCCGCACCAGCAGCAACCUGGUCAUUCACAGACGCAUCCACACCGGGGAGAAGCCGCUGCAGUGUGAGAUUUGUGGGUUCACCUGCCGCCAGAAGGCCUCCCUGAACUGGCACCGGCGCAAGCACGCGGAGACAGCGGCAGCCCUGCGCUUCCCCUGCGAGUUCUGCGGCAAGCGCUUCGAGAAGCCGGACAGUGUCGCUGCUCACCGAACCAAAAGCCACCCCGCCCUGCUCCCCGCACCGCAGCGGGAGCCCAGCGCUGCCUCCGCCUCUGAGGCCCAGGGGUCCUCACAGGGGGCCACACCUCCCCCUCCCCCACAGGGUCCAGCCCCGCUCUCUGCGCAGUGAGGUCAGCCUGGGGAGAGGGGAGCAGGAGGAGAGGACCCAGGGAGGCAAGGGGCCUGGCUCUGGAGGGGCCCCACUUCCUAAAGCGAGGAAUAAACAGUGUUGGACUAGAGUGAGCCUGGGCGGGGCCGCACCCUUCUGGGCUCUUGUGAAAGUUGGCUGAUGUGCCCGCCGCAGGGGUGGGCUCUCAGGGCUGUUUGCUUCCCAGUUCCGAGCACGUCACAGGCUUUCCUGUGCAGUGUGAUCCCUGGCCAGGUAAGGCUUGUGAUCCUGGUCCAUCUUGGAUUGGCCAUUAGCGUUCAAGUGAUAGCAGGGAGACCCUGACGGGGGGGGGGUUACGGAGCCCCGGUCCUGGGUCACUCCCAGCGUGCAGUCCUGGGCAUGGCAGAGGGAGCUCUUGGCACCCAGGACCCAGGCAGAACCCCUUCGUUAACCAGCAUAAGCAGUCCCUGGCUGGUCCCCUCUUCAGAACUGGUUCUCGGCUUCAAGCUUCAUUGCCAGACCUCUCUGGGCCUGGCUUGUGGACACGCAGUGUUGUCCUUGGCUGGGGCAGAAAGGGGUGACUGGCCCAGUCUGACCAUUACUCCAAGGCAGAGGACAAAAAGCAGGAUGCUCAGGUCCUGGGAGGAGGGGGCAGUGUAAGGGCAUGCUGACGGGUCGCUGCAGCUGGACCUAGUUUCCACGCCCCAUCCCCUUGCCAGAGCGCCCUCUGGUGGGUCGGGUGCUGGGACUCGCCUCGGCCAGAAAGUUUGGAGGUGACGCCCACGCCUGGUCACAGGUGCAGGUCACACCUGCUAAGGUGCAUCCUUCCCCUUUCUCAGGCCUGGAAGGAGGUCUGCACCUCGGGGCAUGCACCCCACGCUCCUGGGAGGGGAACCAGUGACUGUGCUGUGCAGACAGGAAUGGCCCAGUCCCCAGAGCCACAGGACUGUGCAGGGUGCCCACAGGCAGGGUGGGGACAGAUCAUACCGCCCCUGCAGAGCUGGCAGGGUGGGGCAGGACAGCAGAGAGCCCCUGAAGGGUGGGUGCCUGGGAAGAGCACUGAGGAUGCAGGCCAAAGAGGGUAGGGUACCCCCUUCUGACAAGUGCCCCACACCUGGCCACAGGUGGGGAAAGCAUCUCUGGAUCUAGGGAAGGGGAGAACAUGUAACUCACAAGACAGUGGCAGCAGCCCUCUCACCUUUUCGGGAGAGCUGGGGGGCUGAGAGGUGACCUGUCUCAUUUCAGGUGCCCAAGGGGUUGCUCGCUGCCCCAGCCCAGGGUCUGACAGGUGCUUUGCGGACCAGGGCUGCACCAUGGCCGCUUUUCUUGUGUGGUAUCCCAGUCCUACCAGCUCCUAGCCAGGGCUGCCUUGUCCCCCAAGCCCAAGCCCCUUGCUCUGGCUGCUCUUGCUACGCUUCCCUGUGGCCCUGGGACCCUGUCCUCUUCACCGUGGGCCCAGGGCACCUGUCGGUUGUGGUGAAGUUCAUCACCCCUAAAGACCCAGUGCAGGGCACAGGACACACGUGGAUGGGCUUUGAGUUUUGGCUGCAGAUGGGGCCAGGGAAUGGAGCUUCACAGGUGGCAGACCUGCAGCGGUGACCACUGCACCUCUGGGGUGGAUGCGCCGUGCCUGCAGGAUGAAGCAGAGCAAAGCUGGGAGUCAGCUGAGCAGGGGCAAAUGAAGAAAAGGGCUUCUGAAGGAAGGCUUUGAUUUUUGUUCUGGCGUUAUUUUCAAACAAGAUCCCAGGGAGGGUGGUGUCACCAGCCACACACUGCUUUGCCCUUCUUGCUUCAUUUGUGACGCCAUUCUGCUCUUCUCUGCUUUUCAGUUUUU